UUCUAACAUUCUUCAUAUCUAAGGCCGAUUAAUCCCGUCUUUCUUGCAAUAUAUAGCUAGACUGCGGCCUUAAAACGGUUUAAGAAAUUUCCCUUCUCCUACUCCUAUGGAUCUUGAGACAUUCCAAGUUGGAAUGCUUCUGUCUCAUCUCCAAGUAAUUCCAAGUUCAUCUUCCUCGUGAUCCACAGACAUAACCCAAAUCCUCUCCCCCACCAAAACAUUUUCCAUUUUCAUCAUCCUAACCCUCGUAACCUCUCUCUCUCUCUCUCUCUCUAGCUAACAGAUCAAGAGCAUGGCGUUGGGAAAGUCGCGAAAUAGCAAGCGGUCUUCCUCAUCAUCUUCAUCUUCAUACGGAUCCACAAUAACAAUGGUGGUGUUUCUAGGGCUGUGUGUUUGGGCGAUAUGGAUGCUAACCUCCAACUCUGUAACUUCCCCACAAAAUGCAAGUCACAUUGCCACCACUAGUAGUACUCCAGAAGAUCAAUCCGCCACCAGGUCCGACGUUAAAAAGGAUCCUUCUGCUUUUCAAGACAAUCCAGGUGAUCUCCCUGAUGACGCCAUUAAUUCUGAUGAUCAUCGUGAGGAAUCUAAGGACGACAUGAGUAAGUCAGGGGAUCAGAAGUUGGAUUCAUUGCCAGGUGAUUCGAAGGACCCGAACGUAGUCAAUUAUGCUGUCGAUGGUAUAAAUGAAAAACAAGAAAAUUCCCAAGAUUUACGGGGGAAAGAAUCUUCUAAAGAGCAAGAAAAGCAAAAGGAAAAUGAAAAGCAGAUAUCUGAAGAAAGCUCUUUUACUCAAAACCAAUUAGAAGCCGUCGAAAGCCAGAAAAUGGGUAAUGAACAACAAUCUUUUGUAAGCAAUCUUUCGGAGUUUCAGAUCAAUCAAGUACCAAGUGGAGAUCAAGAAUCUAAGAAUGAUGAAGAUGAAAGUCAUGAAAGCUCCCAAGAAUCUAAGAAUGAUGAAGGUCAAAAACAAGAAAAACAGAAAGAAGACACUGAAAACAAAGAAGAAAAUCCCGAGGUUCCACAGAAACAACAAACGCAGCAAGAAUUUCAAGAUGAGACUAAUGAGGUACCCAAAGAAUCCCACGAAGUAUUCGAGAAUCAAGAAUCUCAACAAAACAAAGAGGAGAAGACAGAAAGUAAGUCCGUAGAUUUAAAUGCUGGAGAGGCAUUUCCAGGUGGGGGGAACACGGGGAUUCCAAAAGAGUCGAAGGAGUCAAAGAAGUCGUGGUCGACUCAAGCAGCUCAAUCUGAGAACGAAAAGGAAAGACGCAAGGACGAAUCUAACGCCAUUUGGAGCAUCUACGGGUACACGUGGCAUCUAUGUAACGUCACGGCUGGUACUGAUUACAUACCUUGUUUGGACAACCAGAAAGCAUUGAAAAAAUUACGCACGACCAAACACUUCGAGCACCGAGAAAGGCAUUGCCCUGAGGAGGGACCUAUGUGUCUGGUCCAACCUCCAGAGGGGUACAAAACGCCCAUCAUGUGGCCCAAAAGCCGAGACAAGAUAUGGUAUCACAAUGUGCCACAUGCGAAGCUCGCAGAGGUGAAGGGACACCAAAACUGGGUGAAGGUGACGGGUGAGUUCUUGACAUUCCCUGGUGGAGGGACCCAAUUCAUACAUGGCGCGCUCCACUACAUUGAUUUUCUUCAACAGUCGAUACCUAAUAUUGCAUGGGGGAAGCACACUCGAGUAAUUUUGGAUGUUGGCUGCGGGGUUGCUAGCUUUGGCGGUUAUCUUUUUGAAAGAGAUGUUCUUACCAUGUCUUUUGCACCCAAAGAUGAACACGAGGCUCAAGUUCAGUUUGCCCUGGAAAGGGGAAUACCUGCAAUAUCUGCUGUCAUGGGUUCCCAGCGGCUUCCGUUCCCAAGCAGGGUCUUUGAUCUUGUGCAUUGUGCACGCUGCAGAGUGCCUUGGCAUGCAGAAGGUGGCAUGCUUCUUUUGGAGUUGAACCGAGUUCUAAGGCCAGGAGGUUAUUUUGUCUGGUCAGCUACUCCCGUGUACCAGAAGCUCGAGGAAGAUGUAGAAAUCUGGAAAGAAAUGUCUUCCCUUACGACCUCCAUGUGUUGGGAGCUUGUCUCCAUCAACAAGGAUAAACUUAAUUCAGUUAGUGCUGCAAUCUAUCGCAAACCAAGCUCAAAUAAUUGCUAUGACCAAAGAAAGCAGAAACGACCACCAAUGUGCAAAAAUGAUGAUGAUCCAAAUGCUGCCUGGCAUGUGCCUCUGCAGCCAUGCAUGCAUCGAGUGCCUGUUGACGAGGCUGAGAGAGGAACCCAAUGGCCCGAGGCUUGGCCUCGUCGAUUGCAAACACCUCCUUACUGGUUAAAUAGCUCCCAAAUGGGUAUAUAUGGGAAACCAGCUCCGCAAGACUUUGCAGCAGACCAUGAACACUGGAAACAAGUGGUGAGCAAGUCAUAUGUGACUAGUUUGGGUAUCACUUGGUCCAAUGUGAGAAAUGUCAUGGACAUGAGAGCUGUCUAUGGAGGGUUUGCCGCUGCUCUGAAGGAUCUUCGAGUAUGGGUGUUGAACGUGGUGAACAUAGACUCGCCAGAUACGCUUCCCAUAAUCUAUGAACGAGGCCUUUUUGGGAUAUACCAUGACUGGUGUGAAUCCUUCAGUACGUACCCACGCACUUAUGACCUACUGCAUGCGGAUCAUCUUUUCUCAAAGCUGAAAAAGAGGUGCAAACUUGCUCCUGUAAUGGUAGAGGUGGAUAGAGUAGUCAGACCUGGAGGCAAGUUGAUUGUUCGUGAUGAGUCGAGUACAAUUGGGGAAGUUGAGAACUUGCUCAAAUCUUUGCACUGGGAGGUUCAUUUAACCUUCUCCAAGAACCAAGAAGGGAUGCUCAGUGCACAGAAAGGUAAUUGGCGACCGGAUACAUAUGUAGAGCCUUCCUAAUCAGCAACACAGCAGUAUUUGCUGGCAUUGCUGCUUCUACUUAUAUGUCGCUCCUUUUGACAUUCUGAAAAGGCUGUCAGCCCUUUGGAGUGUAAUACAUUUUGGCCUAAUAAGGAAGGUAGUGAAUUUGUCGAAGUUGUCGAUUCUUUGUAAUAUGGUAAAAGAUUUACUAUUCCUGAAAUGUGAUAGUUUUGGACAUUAAUCAUGUCAUGGAAAGCAAUUUUUCUAGGUCACUACGAAAAUGAAAGCAUAUUUCCUUGUCUC